AUGGAUAGCGAAGUCCUCGAGGAGAACCUCACCUGUACAAUAUGCUAUGGCAUUUUCACUGACCCCGUGGUUCUGAAGUGCAGCCACACCUUCUGCCAGGAGUGUAUACGACAGUAUUGGAAGGGCCUAAACGUGUUACUGUGUCCCGUCUGCAGAAAGGAAUGUUCAUCUGAGGAACCCACAGAAAGCCUGGCCUUCAAGAGUCUUUGUGAGUCGGUUAGAAAAAGGACGGAAACAGUAAAACCUGUUGAUCAGCCAGAUCAGCUGUGUCCCCUGCAUGGCAAGAAAGUGAAAUUGUUCUGUUUCGAUGACAAGCAGCCUAUUUGUGUUUCCUGCCACACGUCUGAGAGACAUGAGAAGCACAACUGCGUUCCCAUCGAAGAAGCUGUGGAAGAAUUAAAGAAGGAAAUGAGCAAAGAUCUACCUAAAUUCAUUGAAAGCCAAAAAACACUGGGUAAAGCAGAGAGUGAUCUUCAAAAGAUAGCCACUGACAUGCAGGAACAGGCACGAUAUAUGGAAUUUCACAUAAGGGAGGAGUUUAAAAAACGUCAUGAAUAUCUCUGCGAGCAAGAGAGGGCCAAGAUUCAGGAGUUGACGGAGGAGAGAAACCAUAAAGAUAUGAUGAUUCAGAACGAGAUCAAAAAAAUUCGCAAUCAUGUGGCUGAUGUGAUGAAGACCAUUGAUGAAAUAAAACAACGACUGAAAUCUGACGACAUUCUCUUUCUAAAGACCUACUCACAACCACACAGGUUCCAGUGCGCAAAACCAAAGCCAUUCAACCUCAAUAACAUGGUCCGGCACAUACGCUUUCAGAGCAAUGAACUGUGGGGACCGUCGUAUAACCUACGUGAGCAGCCAGUGGUGCUUUUGGACCCAAACACAGUCUCCGCCAAUCUCCUCCUCUCUGGGGAUCUCACUUCACUGCUAUACACUGAGGAAAAACUGAAACGUCCAAAAAAUCCGCAGCGACUUCAUGUUGGCGUGCUGGGGUCCAUUGGAUUCUCUACUGGCAGGCACUGCUGGGAUGUUGUUGUUGGUAGGAAUGAAAAAUGGACCCUCGGCGUGGUGAGGCAGUCAUUCCAACAUAAUACGCAUCGUGAAAUGGAUCCAGAUCAUGGAGAGUGGACCAUCCACCACAUCAAUGGGAACUAUUUUGCUGGCAAAAUGACUAGGACUGUGCUGCAUAUGGCCUGUAAGCAUAGACCUCGGGUCAUUCGAAUGGUGAUGAACUGCCCACAUCGGAUGCUAACAUUCAUGGACCCGAAAAGAGAUUUGACGUUGUACAGCUUUGACCACGUGUCAGGGGAGAUGCUUUUCCCUUACUUCAACACUAGAAGUUCGAGAGGUCCACUACGCAUCUGCUUUUCACAACAGCUUUAAAAUGUUUGCGCAUUAAUUAAUUGUUGCUGAUGAUGAAAUGGACUACUGGACUGUUGGGUGUCAAGGUUUUUGAAGCUGAAACACUACUUCUGUGAAGACUAUUUAUUUGACUGUGGUAGGGUGUGAAAAUGUUGCUUUCUAGGGCACCUUUGUUGACUUUUGGAAGAAACAUAGAUAAGAUGCAGUAGCGUGCAGACAUUUUGGGGGGCAGGUACU